ACUAUGGGUUAUUUUCCACUCACCUGUUCUGAUAUUAAAUCUCCUGUCUUGGAUAAAAUAUGGUAACCGUGGUAUCAUCACAACUGUCUUAAGAAUUUUGUUUUGCGUUCAAUCCACUAGAAUCAAAGAGCUUUAAUUUACUAUAUGGUGACAACCAGACACACAAAGGCAGGAGUUCUUUUAAUUUGAACAUCUGGACCCACCAAUAUGUGGAGCAGUUACUCAAACUGAUAGAUUACUAAUUUAUAUAAAACAUCGACUUAUCUUACAUAGCUAUAUGAUACUUCAUGAAUAUUCUUUAUUCUCUAAAUACAAUUUUCAAAAAUGACCAGUUUGUGCUGCACUGGAAUUUUUUUUUUCAUAAAAGAAAUCUAUAAUAAUUGAAUGAUUUGGACUAAACGUCAACAUCAAAUACAAUGUGCAUCUAAGUGGCAUAGGUUUUAUUUGUAGUUCACAAAACAAGGCCACAAUUUCUGUUGUGUGGCCUUUGUACCAUGUAACAGCUUGAACGGCUCUAAAGUCUGCCACAUACUGUGCUCAUGCAUUGUGUGUGCGAUGGUAUAUCAGUGCAAAACGAAUUAACUUCUGGUAUCACUGCACCGUGUUUUUUUUGUUAACACAGUUUGUGGCCAAAAAUAUAACUAAAAGACAAGAAAUACACACCUGUACUUUAAAUGUGUCCACCAUUUAAGUUAAUCAUUACAUGUAGGGAACAAGAUUCCAGCCAGUGUCUGGUCAGGUACCAGGUUUUUGCUACGCUGUCUGACUGCAGAGCUGGACACAUUACAGGCUGCCACGGGAAUCCCAAGGCUUUAUAUCCCAUUUACAACCUUACAGGCAAUUUCUGCUUGGACCCACUGAACUGUCCAUGGCACGUAUUCUGUCCCUGUUCUGGCCUCAGCCUUUUCUGACCAUCGUAAGUAGGAGGAAACCAGCACUGCGCAAAAUGUCAAUAGAUUCACGUGCUCGUAAGGUGUUUGCUGCUGCUGUGGAGGCGGUGCAGCCAGAUGCUGUGGUCCGGCAGAGCAUAGAGCGCAAACAAGACUCAGUCAUUAUUAAUGGCCAUGAGUUUACACUCAACCACAACCUCUACUUUGUGGGGUUUGGAAAAGCUGUACUGGGCAUGGCUGCAGAGGCAGAGAGGAUUAUGGGGGAUCACUUAGUAAAAGGAAUCAUAAGCGUGCCACAUGGGAUUCAGCAGACACUACAACAGCAUAGAAAAAGUCAUCUUUUGUUAAAAGAAAACAGUCGCAUCAAAGUCAUUGAAGGAGCCAAACACAACUUACCUGAUGUUGAUGCUCAGAAGGCAGCUGAAGAGAUCAAGCAUUUAGCCAGUGAACUGACAGAAAAGGACUUACUAUUUGUUCUGAUUUCAGGUGGAGGUUCUGCACUGUUACCUGCACCCAUCCCACCAAUCUCAUUGCAAGAAAAGCUGGAUGUCACUCGCAGACUUGCAUCUGCUGGAGCCACUAUUCAAGAGCUAAACACUGUACGUCGGGCCCUUUCUGUCUUAAAGGGUGGAGGACUAGCACAUCAAGCUCACCCUGCACAAGUGGUUGCUCUGAUACUGUCAGAUGUGAUUGGGGACCCGUUGGAUUUGAUAGCCAGUGGCCCUACAGUUCAGAGUGACAUAUGGCCAGAAGAGGUUUUGUCAGUUCUUGAGCGGUAUAAGCUUUUGGACUCUCUGCCAGCAUCAGUAAAACAUGUUCUUGGGAGACCCAGUCCUCGGUGGAAAGAGAAUAAAGAUGAAACUAAUAAGUCAAAACAUGUUUUUAAUGCUGUAAUUGGCUCCAACAGUGUUGCCCUCAAGUGUGCAGGUCGCCGUGCCCGAGAGCUAGGCUUCCGCCCCGUUGUUUUGUCACUAGGAGUACGUGGCGAUGUAAAAUCAGUCGCCAAACUUUAUGGCCUCCUGGCCCGGUUUGCCUGUUCUCAUGAAGAACCUCCUCCUGAGAUUGCUGCCCAGAUGCUGCAACUGGGGCCUGAAGUUGGUGUAGAGAGCUGGGACCUGUGCCGUACCAUGCACGUCUUGAGUGAAGAGCGUAAAGAAGGAUGGGGUGCCACAUGUCUGCUAGCUGGAGGUGAGCCAACUGUGGAGUUGACAGGAAAGGGCCAAGGUGGUCGAAACCAGGAGCUGGCUCUGCGAGUGGGAGUGGAGUUGAGAGGCCUGGGACACCCACCCAAUGGUCCAGUUUUCCUGAGUGGUGGUACUGAUGGCCAAGAUGGACCUACUGAAGCAGCGGGAGCCAUAACUGAUGGGGGGUUGUAUGAGGAAGCACAAGCACAAGGACUGUACAUCAGCAGCUUCCUUACCAACAAUGAUUCCUACACAUUUUUUUCGCGCCUGUCUGCCGGCCAGCGUUUACUUGUACCAGGCUUAACUUGCACCAAUGUGAUGGAUGUGCACAUGCUACUUAUUCCGUCAAUCCCCACCUGACUUGGCAGCGGAGUAGCCUACCUGUUUUUCAACACUAAGAAGAUGCUUUAUAUUGUUGUUUGUAGCAUAUUAGAUUAGCAUUGCACAUUUAAAAUUGUGAACUUCAUCCUUUUAUCAAUGUACAACAAACAAAUGCAUUCUCAAUAAAGCUUUGCUGAUAAACCUU